GGAUGCGAAGUUCUGAUCAGAUGUCGCCUUUUAUCCGCACUGAUUUCAAGCAAUGAUUUCUAAACUGUUACGAGCUAUUAUAAUGGGCCCACCAGGAUCGGGAAAGGGCACCAUAUCAACCCGGAUCGUGAAAGAUUUCGGUCAAAAACAUCUCUCUAGCGGCGACAUGCUUAGAUCUCAGAUAGCUAACAAAACAGCUGCUGGUUUGGCUGCCAAGUCCUAUAUAGACCAAGGUCAGUUGGUGCCAGAUGACAUCAUGGUGGAACUUAUUCUCAGUGAACUGAAAGGCUUAAGAUCAGAGAGUUGGCUACUGGAUGGCUUCCCACGGACACUGCCACAAGCUAAGGCCCUCCAUGCAGAGGAGCCGGUGGAAAUGGUGUUGAACUUAGAUAUCCCUUUUCCAGUCAUCAUCGACAGAAUCAAGGGCAGGUGGACCCAUUUGGCCAGUGGCAGGAUCUACCAUACAGAGUUCAACCCUCCUAAGAAGGCUGGCCUGGAUGACAUAACAGGUGAACCGUUGGUACAGAGGGAUGAUGACAGAGAAGAGGUGGUGAGGAAACGAUUGGAGAUAUAUCAGUCUCGAACUCAACCAGUUCUAGACUUUUACAGGAAACUUGGUGUGUUACAGGAAUUUCAGGGAAAAUAUUCAAAUGAGAUCUGGCCAAGAGUUCAUAAAUUCAUAGCCACAAAGACAACACCUUUACAAUACACAGAAUAUAAGUAGUAUUAAGAAUUAUGUUUUUUGCUUUAUAGGGCAUAUUAUUAUUCACUAUAUUUAAUCAGCUACAAGUACUUAUUAGAAUCAAGUACUGGAGCAUUUCCAGAAAGAAAAUAACUCCGUAAUCAUGAAUUAAUUUUACCUGUAGGAAUGCUUUACUGCAGUUCUGAAUCAACUGAGUUGAUAUCCAUUGUCAUUAUGCUUCUGUUUUAGCAAAAAAAAGUAUAUGUAACUUUAAAAACUUUGAUGACUUACAAUGUAUCAAGUCCGGUUUACUAAACUUUCUGAGCCCAGACAUAGGUGUAUGAUGUCAACCAUAGUUUAUAAGAUACUUAAGUAAUGGGUUUACAUGUAUCUGGAAAUUGGUCUUAACUGGAAAUUUUGUGCGCAUAUAAAAUACAUAGAAGUUCAAGAUGCUGUAGCUAAAUUGUUUGCCCUUUUUUCACAUAAGUUAACCAGUAAAGCAUUAUAAAGAUUUUGAGUAGCCUGAUUCUAUCCAAAUGUCAUGGCAUCAUUAUGGGAAUACGUGUACUUUUUGCCAAUACACAUGCACUUUGUGACAAUCCUUACUUGAAACAAAUUUGUAAGAUAAAUGUAUUUCAUAACAUCCCUGUAUCCAUUUAUACCUUGAAAGCUCAGUAGGCCUAUCAAUUUUGCAGUUUUGAAAUUCUUGUUAUCCAUAAAUUUUACUUUAGGUGCAUUUUGUUGCAGGUGAAAGUGUUUUAAAGGCUGGGCCUGUGAGGAAAGUAUCUAGGAUCCUUUGCCAAUAAUUGUGUCCUCCUGGGGUCAUAAUCUAUUAUUAUUUUUUAGGUGUGGUAAGGAAGUUAAACCUCACUUAUAUCAGUUCACUAUUGAAAAAUAUACAGCCACACAUUGUUCUUGUAUUUAAGUCCUGAACUUACAACAGUUUUCAAGGAGAAAUGAUAAUUUUUUAACAUUUAUAACAACUGAUAACAACUUUGUAUGUUUAUACACAAGAGUAGUAGUCUUCCUGUCAAUUGCAGGUGGAUCCAGAAGCAAUGUCAUAAUUGUCAGUAGGAUUUAAAUUAUUUAUGCCUAAUUACCUGUGGAUUGAACAGUUUGAUUUUAAUUGAUUUUUGCUCAUUUUUGUAUACUUACAUGUUGUAAUGUUACAAUUACCUUCAAGAUUGUAUAAGAAUGUCUAUAAACAAGCACAAAUUUUGACAUGUUUUCAUAAAUAUAUUUAUGUAUACUAUUAUAUGUGAUUGGUUUAUUUCCUGCAGCAUGGCCAGGCAAAUAAACACGGA